CACAUCUAUUCACGGAAGCAAACUUAGCACAAAGACAUGAAAUUAAAAGGGGCUAUAGACACGGAAUUAAACCAAGUUUUCACACUGACCAGCCACGCACAGUCAAACUAUGGAAAACCAAACUCGCUCCCGCGGCCGCGAGUUCUCGUCUGUUAUACAUUACAAUCACGGUGCUUUAUAAUAGCUGUCUCAUUUCCCGUCAUCAGGAAGGAGUAGAUUCUGCAAUGGGAACAGGUUAAGAGAUACUUCCCAAUUGUUUUUCAUUUGAUCUUUAUACUCGCGUAAUGCUAAUUUCAAUCAGCAUAUGGUAAUGACAUUUUUCGAAAUUUCCGCUAUCCAUGAAAUGAAAAAAAUGAUCCAAUAUAUAUGCAAAGAUUUCCCAAACUAAGGGGGAAUUUCACUGCUCUGGCGACACUGUUGGCAUGUGUUCUUGUGACGAACAAUGCGGUCCUAAGAGCACCUAAGAAUAAAUGGUAUGCGCAUUGAGAAAGACGAAUGGUGUGAAAUUGUGAGUAGUUCAAGUAGACGAUUAACGCCGAAGGACGUUCCUGACCCCCAAGAAAUGACAUAUUGUUGAUUAUCGCGUUAGUUAUGUGCUGUGAUUUUCGUUAGAGCGUUAUUUGGGGCUUCGAUGGUCCUUUCAUUACAUUCUGUGAUUUUUCUGAAAAUAUUAAUACAUUUCUACCGAAAACGAUUGUAACACUUUUAAGUUUAAAUUUUGUAUAGUUUUAGGUUUGUAGAUACUACAUAGUUUUAUUCACAUUUAGUAAAUGCGUGUGUCACAACGAUGUAUUGGACUGUUCAUUUGGAGGGGGGUCCGCGUCGUGUCAAUCAUGCAGCAGUAGUUGUUGGUGAUAAAAUUUAUUCUUUUGGGGGUUAUUGCACGGGCGAAAAUUAUCACAAAAGAAGACCAAUAGAUGUACAUGUAUUGAACACAGCAAAUUAUAGGUGGACUGCUCUUCCAUUGCCUGAAUAUGGAGGAGAUCAGUUCUUGAGUGUACCAUAUCAAAGAUAUGGACAUACGGCUGUUGCAUAUGAAGACAAAAUAUAUAUAUGGGGUGGCCGAAAUGAUGAAUAUGCUUGUAAUACUUUAUUUUGCUUUGACACUGUUACUUUGAAGUGGACUUGCCCCGAAGUAACAGGACCUAUCCCUGGGGCUCGAGAUGGGCAUUCAGCUUGUAUUAUUGAUCACUGUAUGUACAUAUUUGGAGGAUUUGAAGAAUAUAUAGAUCGAUUUUCGCAAGAUGUCCAUGCCUUGGAUUUCCGCACAAUGAAGUGGAGAUUUGUUUAUACGCGGAUCAAUGAAUCCACACGUGAUAGGUCCUUGCAUGCUGGAGAAUUAGUGGAGCUCAUACAUACAGGCGACCCACCAUCUUAUCGUGACUUCCAUUCGGCUUCUGCUAUUGGUUCUAACAUGUAUAUAUUUGGUGGACGAGGUGACCUCAAUGGACCCUUUCAUUCACAAGAAGAGCACUACUGCCCCGAUAUUAUGUAUUUGGAUACAAUUACUGGCAGAUGGCAUAGACCUGCUACCUCUGGAAGAGUACCGGUUGGUCGUCGGAGCCAUUCAGCAUUUGUUCACAGAGAAUACCUCUAUGUUUUUGGAGGAUAUAAUGGACUCUGGGACGAGCACUACAAUGAUUUACACAGAUUUUCUCCAGAGAGAAAUGAAUGGGAAUUGGUGCAGACUCUUGGCACUUCACCCAGUCCUCGACGCCGCCAGUCAUGUUUGGUUGUCGGCGAAAAAGUAUUUUUAUUCGGCGGAACAAGUCCUUAUCCCGGAGCUCCUCCUGAAGUGCCUGGGGAUGAUGAACUACAAAUUGAGGGUCCUGAUUCAAAACUGAUGGAUCAUAGUGACAUGCAUGUUCUCGAUUUCAGUCCAAGCUUGCGCAUGCUGUGCUUACAAGUUGUUAUUCAUUUUAAAUUGGAUCCCAGCUGGCUCCCAGAAGACUUAAAAUGGGAAUUGGCCAUUAUGACAACCAAUAACAGUAUCAGCCGUUCUCUAAAUUGCACAGGAUGAGCAAGAUAGUUGGUUCAUCUAUAAUUCGUGGACAUGUGCUAUACCUGAAUACCUCCACAUACAUUUGUGGAGCAAAAUCACAUUCAUUUUCUGCAUCUAAGUUGAUAUCUUUAGGUAUUUCACAUUGAAAUCAGUAAAGUAUUAUGAAAUUGAAGACCAAUGUGUCUUCAGAAGAAAUAUAAUUACUUCUCUUUCAUGAAAAUAUACAUACAUUUGAUCAGCAAGUUUGUUGGAACAAAUCAUGAGAACAAAUGAUUAUGUGAACCUGAUAGACAAUAUGUUUAUUUAUUAAAAUAAAAUAUAAAAUCUAUACACAAGAGUUAAUAUCAAAUUAUAAUGUUUUAGUUAUCAUGUAUUUCUUCAUUUAUUUAAUUAAGAUUUUGAACAAACUGUGAACCUUUUAUGGAGAAUCCAAUUGUGUGUCAUGCAAAUAAUUGAUGUUAUUAAGAAAACUAAACCAAUUUUUGAAAUUUGUUUCGAUAUUCUUUUAAAAAAAUUUCAUUUUCUAACUUCAUUUUCAUGCGUGAAAUUUAAGUCAACACUGAAUUCUGAAAGCAAUUACUAACCAACUCACAUAUGUGAUAAUUUUUUCUUUAAAGCAUCAAAUUAUGUGUUGUAUUUGUUCAAGUCUUUAUUUAUUGCAUUUAUUCAUAAUAAAAUAGUUGCUUGUAUGUGCACUUUUAUUUGAUCUAAAUAGUAUGUUUAGCUUAUUGGAGUACAUGUGAAUCAUAUUAUUUCAAGUAAUCAUUUAUGAAGUUUGAUAAUGAUUCUUUGUACCUAAGAGAAUUCAAGGAGAUUUUAUUCUCAAUGAUUCUCUUUUUUUGACUUUCCUUUUAUAACAUUUUCAUUUUGAAUAAGAUAAAAUGAUGUUAAGGGGGAUUGAGAAUGUUUCCACAAAGCUACAUCAUCCAACUCAAUUUUUCUAAAGAAACAUUUUUUUAAAUAAUGAUGAAAGCAUGAGGUUUUCAAUGUUAACAAAAAUAAAUUUUAAUGAUAUGGAAUAGAUUUAUUACCUACAUACAUUCUAUUCCUUUUAUAGGAAAAAUGUCAGAAAAACCACAACAGUUUUUUCUAAAAUUUGAUUACCCAUUCAUCCAUCCAUAAUCAUAAUCAACCCCCCUCAUAUUCAUCAUUGUUAUGUUUUAAAUAAUGAUGAAAACAUGAGGUUUUAUAGUGAACAAAAAUACAUUUGAUGGUAAGAAAAGAGAGUUAUUACCUACGUAUACUAUUCCUUUGAAAUGAUACAUUUACAAAAAACUAAGAGGUUUUCCAAAAUUUGAUCCCCCCUCCUCAUUGCCAUCAUUAAAGACCACAGUCCCAUGUAACUUACAUUUUUAUUUUUUAUUUAUUUUUCCUAACUGGGAAUUGGAUGAAACCUCGAGAGAAAUUUGAAUCAUGAAUCUGAUAUUAUUUUAGUACGAUUUUAUUUAAUUUUGCAUGAAAUUAAACAUUUUGGGGGUUACUGCUGCAUGAAAUUGCACAUUUUGGAUAAUGCUGCUUGAAUAUUGAACAUUUUAGGGUUUCAUUUUUACUGGUAGCAGUUGCAAGAUUCAUAGUUUAUUGCAUGAAAUAUUAAUCUUAUCUUAUCAACU